AUUGGAAAAAAAGGAAAGUUCUUGCCCCGUGAGCUUGCGACUCUCUCUCUCGUGCUUUGACAAUGAAAGCUGAGUCUUGUUUUCAACAAUGAUCAGACGAGAGACAGUAACCCUAGAUUUUCCUUCACCUACAAGAGGAAACUUUUGGCCAUGAAAGCGAGCGAGGCAAGCUUUAAAUGCAAGUAGAGCGACCUCGCAUCUCUUCGCUUCGUGGCUAAGCAUACAUACCCAAUUCUCUCUUCCUCUCCCUCUCCUUCUCCCUCCCUCUCUCUCUCUCUCUCUCUCGCUCGUAUAUAAGCCCCUUUCUGGAUUCUGCUUCAAUCUCAGAUCGUUUUCUUGUUCUUUGUCGCGCGAAAAAUGUCGUCUUACGCAUCAUACCCAUCUGGGUUCUGUCUCCUCUCGUCGUGUCCUUCUAUCGGUAAUUUCGUCGAACGGAUUAAAGACGCUUGCCGUUUCCUCGUCUCCGCUGUUCUCGGCACAAUUGUCUCCGCGAUCUUGACCUUCUUGUUCGCUUUAGUCGGUACAAUGUUGGGCGCACUUACAGGAGCUUUGAUAGGACAAGAAACAGAGAGUGGUUUCAUCAGAGGAGCUGCGGUCGGAGCCAUUUCAGGGGCUGUUUUCUCCAUCGAGGUCUUCGAAUCCUCUCUCGUUCUCUGGAAAUCAGACGAGUCCGGUUUCGGAUGCCUCCUCUACUUGAUUGAUGUAAUUGUCAGUCUGCUAAGCGGGAGACUUGUACGUGAACGCAUCGGUCCAGCCAUGCUAAGUGCAGUCCAAAGUCAGAUGGGAGCAGUGGACACAACAUUUGACGAGCUCUCAAGCAUCUUCGACACUGGAGGUUCAAAGGGUUUGGCAGGAGACAUUGUAGAAAAGAUCCCAAAGAUCAAAAUCACCUGCAAGAACACCAUAGACGCCUCUGGGAACAAAGUCUCUUGCUCUGUUUGUCUUCAGGAUUUCCAGAUUGGCGAAACGGUGAGGAGCUUGCCACACUGCCAUCACAUGUUUCAUCAGCCGUGCAUAGAUAAUUGGCUUCUCAGACAUGGAUCUUGCCCUCUGUGUCGACGGGACCUAUAAUCUCAUCAGUGCUUUCUCUCUCUCUCCUCUCUUCCAUAUGUAAAUCACAACAAACCAUUGUUCUUUGAUUUGUUUAAGCUUUUUGUUUUUGAUCUGUACACCUUUCUCCGGGGAGGUUGUGUUCUUGGUACUCUGGUCGGUUGGUCACCACACGAUGUAUCACCAUCGUACGUGCCUCAUGGUUAAUAGAUAAUAAUGUAUAAAAAAAGAGUUUUGGUUA